AUGCACGUGCUGUCUACUUCUCAGCUCCGACAUCCGAGCCAAAGCAGGUCCGUGCAUUCCUGUGGAGCGAUCCGUAAACUGAGUCAUGCCAUCAGCUCGAAGAGUGGUCAUUACGGGAUUGGGAGUCUGUUCACCUAUCGGACUUACUUCACUGGGAUUACCCAUACGUCUGAAGAGUUUUCGUUCUUACCUUCCCGAGUUGCUGGAAUUAUUCCGGAAAAUGAACUAUCUGUUGCAAUGGCCGAGACGCAGUCAUACCUCAACGAACAUCAGUCCAGUGUAGACUGGCGGGGCCUCUCUCGUGCGAACGCAUUCGCUAUUUGCGCUGCUAAGCAGGCACUCGUACAAGCUGGUUGGAAGCCCUGUUUUGAUCCUCGUUUACGUGCCGUAAGCAACCGCGCAGGUGUGCAUAUCGGUAUUGGUUUGGAGGGUGUGCACGAGAUCGUCCGUACUGGUGAAGGUGUUCGGGCACGCCGAUAUAAAGACAUCGGUCCGUACGCGCUCACCCGCAUCCUGACAAACAUGCCAGCCGGAGCAAUCAGCCGCUUGUGGGGUUUACGUGGUCCCUGUCUGUCCUUAGGCACUGCUUGUGCAACGGGACUCCAUUCCAUUGGAGACGCUUAUCGUAUAAUUCAGAAUGGUGAGGCGGACUUCAUGCUGGCCGGUGCCUGUGAGGCGACUGUGGAACCGUUGAUUGUGGGUGCCUUUUGUCGCAUCCGAGCCUUGUGUUCCAAGUUUAAUGACAAUCCGACUGAAGCCUCUCGCCCUUUCGAUGAACUGCACGCUGGGUUUGUUAUAUCAGAGGGUGCUGGCGCUGUAGUUCUUCAAGCUUGGCCGCCACCUCCGGAAAUUGCUGCAAUGUGUGAACAUGUAUCUACUCCAAUUGCGGAGGUUAUCGGAUUCGGACGAUCAGCUGAUGCAUACAGUUUGGUUUCACCAGAGCCGACUGGAGAUGGAGCCUAUAGAAGCAUGCAAGCGGCGCUCAUGGAUGCAAAGUUGGACAGUUUAGACCAACUUGAUCAUAUCAACUGCCACGCCACAUCAACUCCUCUAGGCGACACUAUCGAGUUGGCUGCUGUGUCCCGCCUUUUGGUGGAUUAUACAGGGAAGCGACGAGCCGACACUUUACCCCCCAUCGUGAUCAAUUCAAUCAAAGGUCAUUUGGGUCACUUACUUGGUGGUGCAGGUGCGGUGGAAUCCAUAUACACCGCGCUGGCGGUUAACCGUGGAUUGAUAGCUGGAAAUCGUAAUUUGCACAACCCCAUCGGUUUCUCCCAAAUUGAGUCUAUUCUCAAGGGCAAAGAAGAUAAUGGACAAUUCGUGCCGCAGGUUGCAGCUAAUGCUAGUCAAUAUGUCAAAGUACUUGAGCGUCAGACGAUUCUCCCGCGACAUGACGUUACAAAUGUGCAUUUCCCGGAUCGAACUUCGUCCAAUAAGCGACGAAUUGCCCUGAAAAAUUCCUUCGGAUUCGGCGGUACGAAUGGGUCAUUGGUUUUUGCCGAGUGGAAGGAAUGAUUCUGCUGACAAUGGAUCAUUUCACCUCCAGAUUACCUCCACAAAAUUCGCCUUGUCUGCUUUGAUGACCUGUUUUAACUUUUUGACAGUUUAUUUUUUGAUUUUAUUAUUGUCACAUUGAGCUUUUUGAUUCCGAUUUAUAGUUUUGGGUUUUGUUUCCUUUUCAUUUUC